AUGGCUUUAGCUGAGCUAAUUCCAAUAAUUACGUUAUUCUUUCUCCUUUUAUUCUUUGAGCCCUUUCUCAUUAUACAUAUAGACUACGAACAGCUUGAGCACAUGAGUCAUCUCAUACUUAUCAUAAGUUGAGCCGUCCCUGGGUGGAUAGAGGGCGACAAAAUCAGCUCAUUCCGGCAUAGUGUAAUCAAAGUUCUCCAACAACACUUUAUUCUUGGCCAAGACAAACUUCAAGUUAACCUUGUUCUGAGGUUGAUCCUGAAGAGCUCCCAUAAUUGUAUCGAUAAUUAGAGUUUCAUCAUCCAGGAAAGUCUUGAGGAUACUUAAUUUCUCCGCCUUAGGGUCUCCAGUGAGCUUAGACAUAUCUUCCCUCAUUUUGUCUGAGGCUGCUUUGAUAUCAUCCUGCUCUUUUUGUUGUCUUUCUUCCAUAAGUUUAAGCUCUUCCUCUGUCCAUUCUAUCAUAUCAUCAAAGUUAAUUCCAUCAAUUAAGGCAUCUGCUGCAGCAUCAGCUGCUUUUCCUGGAUCUUCAAUUGGGUAGGAUUCCAUCAGUAUCUUC